AUGCAGAGGGCGGUACUACUCAUCUGCUGGUUGCCGCUCCUCAAUCAUUGCAACGCCGUCAAUCCCGGCUAUCUUUGUUGUCAAGUUACAACAGAUCGUCCAAUUGAAGAAGCAAUUGAAGGAAAUAAAAAAUCACCCUGGAUGGUUAUUGUAUCUGAUGCAACUACGAAAUAUCAUGAUUUCGACGGAAUUAGAGCCGAAUGUUACGGAUCGCUUAUACACGAGAAAUUAGUGUUGACUUCUGCUUAUCCUUUAGCUAAUUCAGAGCCCAAAAAUUUGGAGGUAAUAACAAAUCUUACAUCUACUGCUAAUGAAGAUCCGAAAUUUCAAAUGCGAAAAGUAAGAUUCAUUACCGAUGCCAGUGUAUUAAAACAAACGGAACAAUCCAUCGAUGAUUGGGCUAUCUUAACUUUAGAGAAACCAUUUAUUCUGGAUGACAGAAUUAAUAUUAUUAACUUGGCCGACGGUGAUGACAAAUUUGAUGAAAAUUGUAAAAUUUAUCAUUGGCAAAUUGUCACAUCGUAUUUUAAUCCCUAUAAAGAAAAAAACACAGCUAUGGUGCAUUAUCCGUAUAAUUUAACACUCAAUGAGGGUGAAUUCGAAUUGCGUGAAGAAGAAAUUGCACAGAUGGGUAAAGAUUUGGAUUGCGUAGUUGCAAAAUGCGUUGAAGAUCAAUGGGCUGAAAAACUACGAAGACACCUUAGUUUCAUGGGAACUCCAAUUGUAUGCCCACUCGAAGACGGAACUCCAGUUCAAGUUGGCUUUUCGACAAUUGUUUACGAGGUAGAUGAAAGCUGUCUUUGCUGUCAAGUUACAACAGAUCGUCCAAUCGAAGAAUUAACUGAAGAAAAUAAAAAAUCGCCCUGGAUAGUUGUCAUCAUUGAUUUGACUAAGCAACGAGAUUUUACACUAGGCUUUAACAGCCAGUGUUACGGAUCGUUUAUACAUCCGAAAUUAGUGUUGUCUACUAAUUAUCCAUUACUUAACGCAAAGCCCGAUGAUUUGGAAGUUAUAGCAAAUAUGACAGUUGUUAGUAAAAAAGACGUAAAAUAUGAUAUGCGAAAAGUUAUAUUCACGACCGCGGCUUGGGCAAUAAAAGAAAAGGAAAAAUCUGUUAAUGAUUGGGUUAUGUUACUUUUAGAGAGACCAUAUGAACUCAGUGACAGAAUAAAUGUUAUUAAUUUAGCUGGCAGUGGUGAUAAAGUUGAUGAAAAUUGUAAAAUUUAUCACUGGCAAGUUGUUACAUCAUCGUAUACUGAUCAAUUCUAUGAUAAUAAAUAUGCAAUAAGCACGGGGAUUGUGAAUUAUCCCUACAAUGUAACUCUAAAUAAGGAAAAAUUCAAACUUACCGAGGAAGGAAUUGUAAAGAUGGGUGGAGACUUGGAUUGCAUAGUUGAACAAUGCGUUGAAGAAAAUUGGUCGGCUGAAGAAACAAUAAGGAAACUCAGUUUCUUUGGAACUCCCAUUGUGUGCCCGCUUGAAGACGGAACUCCAGUUCAAGUUGGCUUUUCGACUAUGGUUUACGAAAUCCAUGGCAAAAAUGAUGGGGUUGUUAAAUAUUAUAGCGAAGGCUGUUUUUGUUGUCAAGUUUUAACAGAUCGUCCAAUCGAAGAGUUACUUGAAGAAAAUUAUAAAUCGCCCUGGUUGGUUUUUAUUGUCGAUUUGACUUCGGAAGCCGCUAAAACUCGAGAAUUGGCAGGUCAAGCCUACGGAUCUAGAUUAAAGAGCAAGAAGAAAACGAUCGAGGAUUGGGUUAUUUUGAUGACACAAAUACCAUUUGUCGCGACUGAAAGAGUAAAUUUCAUUAAAUUGGCCUACGAUUAUGAUAAAUAUGACAAAGCUUGCCAGAUCUACCACUUGCUAAUUAUGCCCCAAUCGAGCUCAUUCGAUUAUUCAACAACAAUAAAGACCAUAACGGAAACGAACGGGACGCCAGUUCAAGUCGGAUUUGCGACUAUUGUUUACGAGGCCCUAAACAAUGAUGAUUCGCGUGCUAAAUAUCGAAGCGGUGGUUUUGUCAGAUUCGACAACAAUAAUGAAUUGCUCUUGACAAAUAUGUUCCGUGAAAUUUCCGAAAGCCGAGAAAAUAAUUACUUGUAA